CAGGACAAGUACUGGAUUAUUGAAUUUCUUCCAUUUGCCCUGGACCCGCCUUCUUGGUCUCUUCAAGUUGACUCCCAUAAAAUUUUUGUUUCUCUUCUCUCCCCUGAAUCCUCUUCUUCUUCUUCUUUUUGCUUGAAAACAAAAAGACAAAUGGAAAAGAGGCAUUUAGUUCCAUGGCAAGUGCCCAGGAGAGUCUGACUCUGACUAAUUUUUUUUUCCCUCCGACUUUACUUCCUCCACGGACCCAGGGAAAGGGCCUCUCCUUUAUGCCCUUUGAAAUCUGUGAACAGAAACCCAGGCUGAAGAAUCCUGGUCGGUGAUCCUGAGGUAGAGAUGGAGAGAAGGGAGACACAGCAGGCCCAUCUUUCCGUUGGGUUAUUGCUGGUGCUGCUGCUGCUGCUAGGAACGUGGGAGGAAACCCAGGCUUGGCCUGCCUCUCUUCAAUAUGAUCUUAUCGUUGUGUCCCAGCCAGAACCCAGGGAACCUCUCUACAUGGCCCUUGGCUAUAUAAAUGAUCAACUCUUCCUUCACUAUGAUGGGGAGAGUAGAAGGGCAGAGCUGCAAAAACCAUGGAAUGAUACAGAGGAAGGGAGAAAAGUCUGGGACAUGGUGACCCAGGACCUUGAAGAGAUGGGGAAAGAGCUGAGAGUGACCCUUCAAGACAUUCUGAGACAGAACUACCAGAGUGACAGCAGUGAUGGCUCUCACACCCUUCAGGCCACAUUGGGGUGUAAGCUCCAGGGCAACAAUAGCACCAGAGGGUUCUGGAGGUUCCAAUUUGAUGGGCAAGACUUCCUGACCUUUUACCCGGAGAGACUCAACUGGACUGCAACCCAUCCAGCGGCUAAGAGAAUUAAGGAGAAAUGGGAGGACUGGUUCCAAAUGAAAUUCCCUCAAGUCCGUGAGGAGGAAUACUGUUCUAUUCGGCUCCAGAGAUACUUGGCAUCCUGGAAGGGGAUCUUGGAGAGGAUAGAGCUACCAACCGAAGUACCCCCUGGACCCAACCUCUUGUCCCAUGAACCUCUGCAGGUCGAGCUACUAAUUAUGAGCAUAGGCCUCAUCUUUGCUAUCCUUGUUGUUGUUGGAGCUCAGCUGUGGAGGCAGAUGCGGGCAAAGCCAGAGAUUAGACCUACCAGAAGAAGUGAACAGAAAUCUGCCCACCCUCUUUUCCCAGGUUUUGGUAACAUCAGAGAAACUCAGAGCAUGGUGUAGGCAAGACUUGGAAUCAGGAGAUGAAGGCCUGAGCUCUAAAGAUUCCAUAUGGUUGUGCUGAGCAACCUGGAUACCCCUUCCCCUGUUCCCACCACCCCAAACACAUGCACUUUUUAAGAAGAGCUGUGAAUGAUGCUACAGACUCCUCAGGAAGCCAUUUGGCCCAAGGGGCUGUGAUCUAAGAAUAGAUUAGACAACCCCUGGACAAGACCAAAACAUGUCCAUCUUGAGACUGCUGUUCAAUAACGUACUUGGGAAAGGAAACAAAAAGAAGGAAAGGAAGCCAGGGGCCCACACUGAGCCCAUGUUCCACAUGGAAGUAGCCACUGCAGGAUGGGAGGAAGAGUACAGUUCAUUUCCUGCAAGUCCGCUCCCCCAUCCCACAAGUCUAGAGACAGAUCACUACUUGCCUCAUGGGAGAGAGUAAGUCAGAAGUUGUGUCUCCUUUCAAAUGAGGAAGUACCCUGCCCCCAUGCCCAUGUUGUAGUGCAGGUUGAUGACCAAAGGAUCACCCAAAGCUUGCUAUGUCAUACCAAAGUGCCAAUUCCUUUCAGUGCUGGGUUAGUAGCCCUGAAGUAGUCAGUCACACAUCAUCCUCUGUGUGGGCAAGUGCUGGGCCAAUACAAGUGGUGGAUCAGAACCAGGAAAGGCAGCUCUGAGCAUGCUCCAUGAGAUGGCUCUUAUUUCACAUUAAUUUAUGUAGGGAUAUGUACACCUGAGAAUAGGGAAGGA